UUCCUGCCCAUUACUCAAACGUUCAGUAAACAUCAAUCCACAUAUUGGCCGCUAGAUAUGUUUAGUUUCUCCCUAUAAAUACCAGCUUCCUUUAUGCUUAGUGGACACAAACCAGAGACAGAUAACAAUCAGUCAACUCGAUCUAUCAAAUACACAUACACGAGCUUAGCAGAGAACAGGUAAAGUAGUCGCUCUCCUUAGUAGAAGAUCGAGAAGCAAAAGAGACAUGGGUCUUCGUGUCUUCCUCCUCGCAGCAGCCCUUCUGGCGUUGUCAUGUUCUCAUGGCGCAAUCGCCUCUGAUCCAAGCCUUCUUCAGGACUUCUGUGUUGCAGACAAAAUGUCUCAAGUGCGUGUCAAUGGAUUGCCCUGCAAAGCUGCAAAGGACGUUGUCGCCGAAGACUUCUUCUUCUCCGGCCUUCACAUGGCUGGCAACGCGGCCAACAAGCAAGGCUCUGCCGUGACCGCAGUCAACGUGGCUCAGAUUGCCGGGCUCAACACCUUGGGCAUCUCCCUCGUUCGCAUCGACUAUGCGCCCUAUGGCCUCAACCCUCCUCACACCCAUCCGCGCUCCACCGAGAUCUUGACCGUGAUAGAGGGCUCUCUCAACGUCGGUUUCGUGACCUCGAACCCUGAGAACAAGCACUUCAACAAGGUUCUCAACAAAGGAGAUGUGUUCGUCUUCCCUAAGGGUCUUGUUCAUUACCAGUUCAACAAUUGCACAACCGGCACGGUAGCUAUUGCAGCGUUGAGCAGCCAGAACCCUGGGGUGAUCACAAUGGCAAAUGCAGUUUUUGGAUCAAACCCUUCCAUCCCCGAUGAUAUUGUGGCCAAGGCUUUCCAGGUGGAGAAGAACACCGUCGAUUGGAUGCAAGCUCAGUUCUAAUUUGGUGUGUAAUUAAACUGUAUGAUGUGCGUUUGACAUGUGUGUUCGAUCAGAGUCCGUUGAUUAUUUUCUCUUAGUUUUUCUUCCAUUUGCAUUACGUGCCUACAUUCUCUUGAAAAUUGUUGCAAGUUAACAGCUUUGUUGUAUUCGAUCGUGUGUAGUAUGUAUUAUUUCCUUUCUUUCUUACGGAACCUUGA